CCCGCGGCGGCGGCGGCAGCAGCCCGGCUCGGGCUGGCGCUGCGGCGGCGAUGAUGGAUCUGGAUGACGGCGCCGUGUACCAGGAUGACUGCUCGGUGUCUGUCAUGUCGGACCGGGUGUCGGGCCUCGCCAACAGCAUCUACGGCGAGUUCGAGCGGCUGAUUCACAAGUACGACGAGGAGGUGGUGAAGGAGCUGAUGCCGCUGGUGGUGAACGUGUUGGAGAACCUGGAGUCGGUGUUCACGGAGAACCAGGAGCACGAGGUGGAGCUGGAGCUGCUGCGCGAGGACAACGAGCAGCUGCUGACCCAGUACGAGCGCGAGAAGGCGCUGCGCAAACAGGCCGAGGAGAAAUUUAUUGAGUUUGAAGAUGCGCUGGAGCAGGAGAAGAAGGAGCUGCAAACUCAGGUGGAGUCUCUGGAGCUGCAGAGCAGGCAGCUGGAACUCAAGUCCAAGAACUACUCCGACCAAAUGUCCAGACUGGAGGAACGGGAAGCUGAGAUGAAGAAGGAAUACAACGCCUUGCAUCUGAGACACACUGAGAUGAUACAGACUUAUGUGGAGCACAUAGAACGAUCCAAGAUGCACCAAGUCGGCAGCAAUGCCCAGUCAGAUGGAACGAUGACUGGAAAGCCCAGCCAACCACGAAGGAAAAGGAAGGAGCGACCAAACACUUUGGGCCUGUUCCCUGUGCUGGAUCUCCGUGGGCAGCCGCUUGAUCAAAUCACCGGCAAUAUUACGGAGGAUGAUACAUUGGAGUCUGAGCAGUCGUCUGCUGUGAACACCCCAAGUACUGCGGCCACCCCAAGCACCGCUGGGACAAAGUCUAACACCCCAACCUCGUCUGUACCCUCCGCAGCCGUCACUCCACUGAAUGAAGUUGUUAAUCCAAUCUACAACGGAGCUACCAAACUCAAGAACCAGAGAAAGGAGAAAGGUAAUAGCAGAAACAUGAAGGUCCAGGUCACCCAGGAGAUGAGGAAUGUCAGCAUAGGAAUGGGAAGCAGUGACGAAUGGUCUGAUGUUCAGGACAUUAUUGAUUCAACCCCAGAACUGGAUAUGUGUCAGGAUCCACGCUGCGACGGACCAGGAGGCAACAGUCCCACACAGGGAAUUGUAAACAAGGCAUUUGGGAUCAACACUGAUUCUCUUUACCAUGAGCUUUCCACUGCCGGCUCAGAGGUCAUUGGAGAUGUGGAUGAGGGAGCCGACCUGCUGGGGGAGUUUUCAGUGCGUGAUGAUUUCUUCGGAAUGGGAAAGGAAGUGGAAAAUCUCAUCAUGGAGAACACUCAACUUCUGGAGACCAAAAACGCCCUGAACAUUGUGAAAGACGACCUGAUUGCCAAGGUGGACGAGUUGUGGAGUGAGCAGGAGGUGCUGAGGGGGGAGCUGGAGACCGUCAGGCAAGCCAAGGCCAAAGCGGAGAGCCGGCUCAAGGAGCUGGAGGAUGAGCUGAAGAGAGUGAAGUCGGAAGCGAUUGUGGCCUUGAAUAGUAAAGAGGGGAAAGAAGAGCUGGAGGAUGUAAGUGACGAUGUGCAGGUGGCCCAGCGUCGCCGCUUCACACGGGUGGAGAUGGCCCGUGUGCUGAUGGAACGUAAUCAGUACAAGGAGCGGCUGAUGGAGCUGCAGGAGGCGGUCAGGUGGACUGAGAUGAUCAGAGCAUCUCGAGAAAACCCGACUUCCCAGGGGAAGAAGAAGUCGAGUAUCUGGCAGUUUUUCAGUCGUCUUUUCAGUCCAUCAUCUGCUGCCCAGCCGACCAAGCGCCCUCCUGUGCUGCAUUACGCCGCCCCCAACACCUAUGGCAACUCCGAGCUCUUCAAGCGCCGCAGUCACACCAUGUUCCAGCUCUCCACCACGGACCGCCGUACCGCAGACCUCCUGCCCGAGGAGGACUGUACCUCUUCCACCCGCCGGGAGCAGAAGCGGGAGCAAUACCGGCAGGUGCGGGAGUACGUCAAAAACGACGGGAACCGCCUACAGGCGUAUGGCUGGAGCCUCCCGGCCAAGUACAAACAGUGGAGCCCCAACGACAGCCAGGAGGACAACCGUAUGAAGAACGUGCCCGUGCCUGUGUACUGCCGCCCGCUGGUGGCCCGUGAUCCCACCAUGAAGCUGUGGUGUGCGGCCGGGGUGGACCUGACAGGCUGGAAGCCAGGUUUUGCGGACAUGGGCUGUGGGCUGGGCCGUUCCCGCAGCUGUGACCCUCUGACCCACGAGACAGAGAAGGAAGGAAAGACCAGCAGCAGCCAUAGCUCCCCAGAUAAAACCAGACAGGCCCACAGCACACAAGACGCCUCCAGUCGCGUGUGGAUCUGCACCAGCACCCACUCCACCAGUAAGAUUGUCAUCAUUGAUGCCAACCAGCCCGGGACCAUCAUGGACCACUUCACAGUGUGCAAUGCCCAUGUGCUGUGUAUCACCAGUGUGCCAGCUGCUAGUGAGAGUGACUAUCCGGCCGGAGAGAUCUAUUUAGAGGGAGAUUUAAAUCCAGAUGAAUCCAACGGAACAGAAGGGGUGCUGGCAGGAAUCACACUGGUGGGGUGUGCGACACGGUGCAAUGUCCCUCGGAGCAGCAGCACAUCUCGGAGCGACACCCCGACAUCAGACAAAGCACAGACUGAUGUGGCGACUGUCAAUGGUGGGAAAGUCAACCAACCACAGUCAGCGGAGGAGGCAACUGAAGCAACCGAGGCGACGGAGAACGGUGUCGGUGAUUGGGAGCCGGGGUCAGCACGGCCUGGUGCUUACACUGAGCACAUCUUCACUGAGCCAGCUCAGCCUGAGUCCCACAAAGCUCAGCUCAGGGAGAACGGCCAAUGUAAAGAGGAACAGAAGACAGAACAAUCAGAACAAGAAUCAAACUCUUACUCCAGCCCAUCGACUACAAGUGCUGCCCCGAGCAUGUGGCUGGGAGCACAGAAUGGCUGCCUGUACGUGCACUCUGCUGUUUCCAAUUGGAAGAAGUGCCUGCACACCAUUAAACUGAAGGAUGCCGUCCUCAGCAUUGUACACGUGAAGGGUCGUGUUUUGGUGGCACUCAAUAAUGGAACACUGGCCAUAUUCCACCGAGCUGAAGACGGUCAGUGGGACCUGAGUAAUUACCACCUGAUGGACCUGCGGCGGCCGAACCACUCCAUCCGCUGCAUGGCCGUGGUGCACGACAAGGUGUGGUGUGGUUACAAGAACAAAAUCCAUGUCAUUCAGCCUAAAACCAUGCAGAUCGAGAAAUCGUUUGACGCUCACCCGCGCAGGGAGAGCCAGGUGCGGCAGCUGGCCUGGAUUGGGGAUGGGGUUUGGGUAUCGAUCCGGCUGGACUCCACACUGCGCCUUUACCAUGCGCACACACACCAGCACCUACAGGACGUGGACAUUGAGCCUUACGUCAGUAAGAUGUUGGGAACUGGCAAGUUAGGAUUCUCUUUUGUGCGGAUCACAGCUUUGCUCAUCGGUGGAAACCGGCUGUGGGUGGGCACUGGAAACGGUGUGGUGAUCUCCAUCCCUCUGACUGAGACUGUGGUUUUGCACCGUGGCCAGCUGCUGGGGUUCCGGGCCAAUAAGACUUCCCCGACCAACAGUGAAGGGAGCCGGGCUGGCGGAGUGAUUCGCGUCUACGCUGAUGAAAGCAGUGACAAGGCCUCAGUGGGUAGCUUCAUCCCUUACUGCUCCAUGGCACAAGCACAGCUCUGUUUCCAUGGACACAGGGAUGCUGUCAAAUUCUUCGUGUCUGUACUCGGGAAUGUUCUGGAAACGCUGAGCGGGAGUGUGCUGGACAGCCCCACGGAGAAUCCUGGCCCCACGGGGACUGAGCAGGAGCAGAGGCUGCAGCCUGUGCUGGUGCUGAGUGGUGGCGAGGGCUACAUUGACUUUCGGAUCGGUGACGGCGAGGAUGAUGAAACGGAUGAAAGCUUGCCCACUGAAAUCAGACCAUCCUUGUCCAAAGCAGAACAAAGCCACAUCAUUGUCUGGCAGGUGGCAUAUGUGCCUGAAUGAGAUGCCACUCUUCAUUAUACUCAUUGUCUGAGCUCCUGCACAUCGCCCGGCCUGUAUGUACAAACCCUGCAUUGUCCCCGAGUAAACCCCAGGCAUACGGCAGCAUUCCUGAUCCUGCAUUUCCCAGCCUCCUCUUUGGAAUUGACCACAUUUAUAGUUUCCAGUGCACAGGUUCUGAACUCAGUUUGAAAAGAAAAGGAAAUCUGGAAAUUGUUUCCGAACAGUUAACACAACAGGCCUGAUUGGAGACCGACUCUUUAUUUAAUUUUUGACAAAGUCGUUUGCAGAUACAAGUGUUUGGCCGUGUAAUUGUCUUGAUGUCGAAGCACAACAGGGAAAAUUCCUGUGGCCACCGAGUGACGCUGUGGGCUUUCCCAUCACCAGAGAUGCUGCGCAGGUGGCCAAAGGAAUCCCCCCCCUCCCCCCCCGCCUGGAGUUGACUAUUCACACAGCCCCCACCCCCAUUCCCCCCCACCCUCUGAGCUGACUGUCCGGUCACUGCUGAGUUGUUAGGAGGCAGUAAUGUCACAAAGACAUGUUGGUCGAUACGUUGAAAUUGAUAUGUUUAAAAACCUGAUCUGCUCCGUUUCCCUCCUUUCAGAAAUCAAGUCUUACACCAACAGCUUCCAACAACACAGGCGUUUGUGGCUACUAAUGGCUUACCAGGGAGACCUUUCUCACAUGUUGGCUGCCACAGUGCCGGGGGGAGUGGGGGCUGGGGUUCCCCGUAUCUCUGAUGGUAACUGGUGACACAGAGAAGGGGGGGGAGGUAGAGGUUCCAUGUGAAAACCAAUUGUCCUCAGUCACCUGUAAAAGGGACGAUGUGUGUCUCCCAUCAUGUGAGGACGGAUUAUUUAUGAGGCUUUUGCUACCAGAGCUUCUCCAGGACGUGUGUCUGAGGCAGCUGUGCUGCAGGUUAAUUAGCAAACGUUUGAGAGGAAUUAUGAUUUCUUUGGCUGGACAGAUGUUCAGUGAACAUCUGAGAUGAGAGAGAUCGAUAAUGUCCCAGAUAAUGGGGUAGGAUUUUGUGUUGCAACAUUCCACUGAAAAUGCAAACCGAUUCCCGGCUUUGCACAGGCGACUUUUCAAACGUUUCCUAAUGAGAGGGCAGCACAGCCGUACCAUACACAGCUGGAGGAUUUGUUUGAAAACAAAAGAAGAAAAAUUAAUUCAUAUUCAAGGUCGAACAUUU